GUCAGGCAAAGAGCGUGGCUUUGAAUUGACGACUCCCCAAGAAGCACCACACCCACAAAAGGCGCCGCAGCUGCGUAUUUCAGUGUCAAGUGCGUGGUGAGUCAGGAAGCAAACACACACUCACAGAGAGAGCAAAGCCGAGAGGCGGAUGGGAUGAGUGUAUGUAUCUGGGCAGGUGUGAUUGUGCAGGGUCAAGAUGCCGUCGGGGAUGAAAGGGCUGACAGUGUUUGUGGCGGACAUUCGGAACUGCCCCAACAAGGAGGCCGAGCAGAAGCGCGUGGACAAGGAGCUCGCCAAGAUACGCCAGAAGUUCACCAACAGCAAGAGCCUCUCCGGCUACGACCGCAAGAAGUACAUCUGGAAGCUCCUAUACGCCUUCAUGCUCGGCUACGACAUCGACUUUGGCCACAUGGAGGCCGUCAACCUGGUCUCCUCCAACAAGUACAGCGAGAAGAACGCGGGGUACCUGGCCUGCAGCCUGCUGCUAAGCGAGAACUCGGAGAUCCUCCGGCUCAUCACAAACAUGGUCAAGAACGACAUCCUCCACGGCAACGAGCACCAGACCGCCCUGGCCCUCAACACCUGCGCCAACCUGGGUGGCGAGGAGUUCAGCGAGAACCUCUUCUCCGACAUUGCCAAGCUCAUCACCCCGGGGGCGUCCAGGCCCUCGUACAUUCGGAGGAAGGCGUAUGUGUGCCUCCUGAGGCUAUACAGAAGGGACUACGACACCAUCCAGCCUGACACCUGGGCGGCCAGGCUCGGACAGGUACGAGAUGUUAUGUGGUUGGGGCGAUUGACUGGCGGAAGAGCCAUCCAUCCAUCCAUCCAUCAGUCGAGAGUGCGCGGAUCAGAUCAGCAUUGUGGUUGGUUGGUGUGUGUUGUGUGUUGGAUGGGCUGGUUGCAGGCGCUGCAGAGUGAAAAGGACACCGGCGUGUUGACGUCGAUGUGCAGUCUGAUCCUGGGGGUGCUCGAGACCGACCCCAAUGGCUGGGACGACCUCGUGCAGCCGGCCAUUCUCACUCUCGCGAGGUGAUCUGAUCUAUCCACGCAACAAAGACAGACAGACAGACAUCGUGUGUGUGUGUGUUGUUUAGGGUGAUGGGAGGCGACUGCCCGCCGUUUUAUGUAUACUACUCUGUGCCGGCCCCGUGGCUGCAGAUCAAGCUGCUGCGGAUCCUCCAGUUCUUCCCCGCACCCACUAACACCACGUACGCCACGCCACCUCACACAGACAGACAGACAGACAGACGCUGCGUCGAUGCACCGCACCCACACGAGUACGUGUGUGUGGGUAUUAACGAAUGUCAGUUUGCUGAACCGGAUGAACGACAUUUUGUAUCGCAUUCUGUCCAAGCCGACUGUGAGCGCCCACGCCCCCCACCACCACGGCAAGAAGCGCACCAAGGCCGACGCAGAACGUCUUAACAGAUCCAACACAGUGAGUAGUGAGGCACUCACUGAUCUGAUCCAUCCAUGAGUCCAUCCAUCCAUGGUUCCAUCGCAGGAGCACGCCGUUUUGUUUGAGGCGCUCAACCUGAUCAUCCACCUGGAGAUGGACUGCGACCUCACCACCAAGAAAAUGGCAUCGAGCCUUCUCGGCAACUUCGUCGCAUCAAAGGUCGGUCGGGUCGGCCACACGCACCAGACGCUCACACGGGGGGAACGGAAUGGACGCUCUCCUUGCACGCGCAUCUCUGUGCUGUGUGUGUGUGUCUGUAUGUUUCUGUGUGCGUCAGGAGGCCAACAUUCGCUAUUUGGGUUUGGAGACGAUGGCGCGUUUGGCAUCGGACCCCGACGUGCUGCCGCAGCUGAAGCGGCACACGGAGCUCAUCAUCGGGCAGCUGCAGGAACCUGACAUCUCAAUCAGGAGACAGGUGAGUGACGGGCAUAUGCACACGCGCAAAGUCAUCCCUCUCCCUCUCUCUCCCUCUCUCUCUCUCUCUGUGUGUGUCUGUGUGUGUGUGAAGGCGUUGAAUCUGCUGUACGGCAUAUGUGACCGCGACAACUGGCAGCAGAUCGUGGACGAGCUCCUCGAGAUCCUCAAGGGCUCAGACGUCCUCAUGCAGGAGGAACUCGUUCUCAAGAUCGCCAUACUCGCCGAGCGAAACGCACCAGACUACACCUGGUAAGUCGGUCAGCCACACACACACACACCGACCCCCCCUCCCUCUCUGUGCAGGUGUGUCUGUGUGUGUGUGUGUGUGUGUUGAAGGUACGUGGAUGUGGUGUUCAAGAUGAUCGAGUAUGCGCCCGAGGUGGUGUCUGACGAGAUCUGGUACCGAGUGGUGCAGGUCGUCACGGGAUUCGACGACAACACCGACAACGCUGAGCUGCAGGUGGGCACACACACACACACACACACACAGGUGUUGACCAUGUGGUGUGUAUAGUGUGGUGUGGUGUGGUGUGUUGUGUUUCAUUCAGCAAUACGCGGCCAAGAAGGCGAUAGAGUAUCUGAAUGACAGGUUCGCCGACGAGACCAUGGUCAGGUGAGUGUCAGUGAGUCAGUCAGUCAGCUGCAGGCAUAGUGCACACACCUCUCACCGCACUGCAGGGCGAGGCGUUUGCCUCUGUCUGCCCACGUGUCUGUGUCUUUCAUGGAUGCGAUGCGUCGUGCGGUGGGUGUGGUGUGGUGUGUUAUGCAGGCUGGGGGCCUACCUGAUAGGCGAGUUUGGCCACCACCUGCAGAGCCAACUCUCAAGUAACUAACCAAAACCAGCCCCCUUCCCUCCCAGCCUCUCUAUCCAUCCAUCCAUUCAUCCCUCUCUCCCUCUGUGUGUGUGUGUGUGUGUGUGUGCACCAGCGUCGCGUCAGUUCCAGACGCUUCACCGGCACUUCCCCAGGGUGGGCUCCUCCACUCGGUGCAUCCUGCUGCUCGCAUACGCCAAACUCCUCAACGCUGAUGAAGAUGUCUCGGAAGAGGUACACACACACACACACACACAGAGAGAGAGAGAGAGAGGGAGAGAGAGAGACAGAUGCCGCGUAUCUGGCGUGUGUGUGUUUGUGUGUGCGAUAGGUGUUGGCAGUGUUGGAGGAGCAGCAGGACUCGGUUGACCCCGACCUGCAGCAGAGGGCUGUGGAGCUCUACAGGCUCUGCAACGAAAGCACCGCUACCAUGGAAAACGUCCUCGGUACGUGUCUGUGUGAACCAUGGAUGGAUGGAUGUGUCGGUGUCUGUCUGUGCGCAGCGAUGAUGCCCGUCUUCAGCGAGAAGAUCCAGAGCAACAACCCCCUCAUCAGACGAAUGAAACAAGCCUCAAAGUCACGGUACGCAAAAUACCACUGCCUCUUACCCAUAUGGUAUGCUUAUGUGAGUGCCCUCCCUCUCUGCGUUGCCUGCCUGCCUGCCUGUCUGCAGUGCCGCCCCCCGUCAGCAGCUGGAGGAGGCGGCCAAGACGGAGGGUGUGCUCUUCAAGACCGGCGUGGGCCCCGCAGCCAAGGCAGAGGAAGACGACGAUCACGAAGAAGAGGAGGAGGAGGAACAGGACGAGCGAAACGGGUGAGUGUGGUGUGGUCCUCUCCCCCUCCCCCUCCUCCUGGCCGUGACCCCCCCCCACACACGGACACAUUGAGUGUUGAUGUGGCAAAGGAUUUACUGGUGGAUUUCUUUGUUUAUUUGUUUGUUCAGCCGCCGUGAUGAGCACGAUGAAGAUGAAGAAGAGGACGAAGAAGAGGAGGAGGAGGACGAAGAAGAAGAGGAAGGUCAACUACCGCCCCACGCCGCCCCACCCCACCCACACACCACACACAUCACAUACACGCCAUUCUCGCCCCCCUCUGUGUGUGUGUGUGUGUGUGUGCAGAGGAGGAAGAGGAUCGUCGGAACGGCCCACGGUCAAGGGGGGCUGCUGGUGGCGGUGGGAGGGGCCGGGGAGAGGCUGACAGCGGCCCUGCGGGCGGUGGGCUGCAGCUGCCCCCCACUGCGCCAGGGGACAUUCAGGGAAUGUGGAAGAACCUGUGCAUCACUCCGCAAGGUACGUCUGUGCGCCCUGCACGUGUGUGUCGGCAGUGAAUGUGCUGUGUGUGUGUGUGUCAGGUCCGAUGUUCCAGUCGAACUCGUUGGUCAUUCAGCUGCGGCACGAGUACAGGCUCAACCAGGGCCGCAUCGCCAUCAACUACGCCAACAAGAGCCCAAACGUCGUCGUACAAUUCCCCAGGUAGAUAGAAAGAAAGCAUCACACCCACACAUCCACACACACAUGGGAGGGACAUCCCUCAUGUCGGUCUGUCUCCUGUCUGUCUGUCUGUCUGUCUGUCGGUCUAUCUACGGUGCAGCGUCACCAUCUCUGAAGCGCCGUUUAUGAGGCACCAAGCGUCAAAGGUGAGAUAGUGAGUGACCCAUGCCAUUACGCACAUUACAGCUAAUCAUUGCCCUGGCGUGUGCAUCUGCCUGUGUCUGUCAUUGAUGUGCCUGCCACACAGCCGCCGGAUGUGCUGCGUCCCGGGGAGACGUACACCCAUCAGGUGAUGGUCGACUGCCUGCAGCCGUACCUCAACCCGCCUAAAUACAUCGUCAACUGCGUCUUACAAACCCCACAAGUAAGUAUCACACACGCACAUACACGGAUGGAUGUCAGGUGCCGUCACGCUUGCCUCUCUGUCUGUCUGUCUGUCUGUCUGUGUGUCAACGAAUGACCAGGGCCCGCCGAGCAACCAGAAUCUGCCCUUCACUCUGCCGGUGUGUCUGACCAAGUUCUUCUCGCCCGCCAGCCUGUCAGCGGAGCAGUUCACGAGCUACUGGGAGAGCAUGUCGGGGCCGGGCAGGGAAAUGCAGCUCAUGGGGCCGCUCGCCAGCGGCUUUGUGGCCGACGUCCAGAGGGCAGCCGGGGCGCCACAGCAGCUGAGUCCGCAGGCCAUCAUGCAGCGCUUUAAUGCCUAUCUCUCGCAGGGCUUCAACCUCGCCAUCAUCCCACUGUCCAACGUAUGUGUGUGUGGGAGGGGGAAGGGGCGAUUGUGGUGUGUGGAUUCCUCUCGCUGCCGUGUGUGUGGUGUGACUGAUUUCAUUGGUCAGGCGCCCGGCGUUUUGUUUGGCGCCGCCACUUUCCACACGGGCACACCCCAACCGGUGGGCGGGGUGGGUGACAGGAGAGAGGCAGCCCAGCCAUCAAUGAGCUGUCUCUCUCUGUGGGGGCGUGCGUCCCGUCCGUGUGUCACUCACUCCCUGACGGUGUGUGUGGUUGUCUGCUUGCUCUGCCUGUCCUGUCCUGUGUGCCAACAGAAUGACCCCAGCAAGAAGGUUGUGGUGGCCUGCAUGAUGAAGCUCGAGCUCGACCCAUCGCGGUAAGUAAGGUACCGUACCCACACAUAGACGUCAGUCACACGACAGACAAGACACACAGCCACUGAAAUGUGAAGUGAGUGGAUGGCCUCACUGUCUGUCUGUCUGUCUGUGUCUGUCGGUCUGCUUCGUGUGUGUUGUUCGGUUCGAUGGAUCGACCAGCAUGAUGGCGCGGCUGACAGCCCGCACGGCCCACCCCCAGGUGACGACAUCCUUCGCCCAGAUCCUUGCAGCAUACUUCAUCACACCACAGCAGCAGCAACAACAGCAGCCAGAGCAGACGCCCCAGCAGCCGCAGACCGCAUCGCUCAUCUAGACCUGGACGGGACGAUGGGGGGAUGAAUGGAUGGCCCGAGAUGGGAUGGGCGCUGCCGCCUUGUCAGUCAACGGAUUGAUGGGAAGGAUGUGUGUGUGUGUGUGUGUGUCAGUACGUCAAUUCAGCUAACUUUAUGUGUGUCUCUCAUGAGAGAGAGUGUGUGUGUGUUUAAGGCAAGGCGACCUCAGCUCCGUGGAGUCAGUCGUGACAGACAGCCAAUGGAUCGAUGUGAUGCGUGCUGCUCAAGAAGUGUACGGUGAUUGCAUUGCUGUCCAUUCCCUGCACACAUGAAUAAACAAUGCUCCAUCAGCACACACAGGCCGGCUGUAGCGGUCAGAUGAGGGCACACACUUGUGGCGAACCACGAGUCUGACCACACAUUUAGAUGCGAGAAGCGGACAGAUGCACGACCGAUACUGCAUGACACACCGAUGCACCCACAGUGGAACAG